AUGGAUUCGCAGACCAUUCUCUACUCUGCUGCUCUCGCAGUUCCUGCCCUGUGGGUGGUAUGGAGUGCCCUAGGGAAGAAAAAACAACUUCCGUAUCCUAAAGGGCCCAAGCCUUAUCCACUGAUUGGAAACAUGCUUGACUUUCCACAAUCUCAAUGGCAGCAGACGUUUACGGAAUGGCAGAAAAAAUAUGGUGAUUUGAUCCAUGUCAAUCUCCUCGGCACACCAAUCCUCAUUGUCAACUCGCUCGAUGUUGCUGAAGAGCUCUUCGUGAAAAAAGGGCAGAUUCAUUCUGGUCGUCCGAGGAGUGUUAUGUCAUCCGAGAUCAUGGGAUGGACCUGGAACGUCGUCGCUAUGGAUCCAGGACCACGACACCAGGCUAUUCGUCGCAUCUUCAGGGAGAGCGUUGGUGCGGGUGUGGUUGCGACGCAUGAUCCUUUGAUCCUGCGAGGAGCAGAGAACUAUGUAAUUUCUCUGCAUGGAUACAAGGGAUCACCCGUGGACCUGUCUGUUGCCGGGGUAGCCUCUGUUGUCAUUACACUCGCAUAUGGACCGACAGUAUACAAGGACCAUGGAAAAGAGUUGACGAAGCUGAAUCAAGCAGCUCUUGACCAAAUUACGGAUAUCUCUACCAAACUCUGGGUCGUCGAAUUUUGGCCUAGCUUGCAACACAUUCCCGAGUGGACUCCCGGCGCAACGUUCAAACGCGUUGGUGCACAUGGACGGCGAAUGCAAGAAAGAAUCCAUUGGUGGCCGUGGGAGGAGGUCAAUGCCCGAUAUAAAGAAGGAAGGUCUGGGCCGUGUAUUGCUGUAAACUACAUCGAAAAAGGAGAAGAUCAAGAGUUGGCACAGGAUGCCAUUGGAAUGAUGUACGCGGCUGGUGUUGACACAACAUCCGCUACCGUGAUCAACUUCAUGUAUGCGAUGAUGACACACCCUCACCUACAACGCAAAGUACAAGCAGAGCUGGACAGCGUAAUUGGCCAUGGCAGACUCCCUACACCCAACGAUCGACCCAACCUUCCAUACGCUGAUGCGGCGUGGAAGGAGAGUAUCCGAUGGCACCCAACUACACCCGUCGGUAUCCCUAGGCGCACAACGCAGGACGACGUGUACAGAGGCAUGUAUAUUCCAAAGGAUGCGAUGGUCCUUUUCAAUAUUGGUUUCAUGCUUCGAGAUCCUCGUAUCUUUGAGAAUCCCGACGAAUAUAGACCCGAACGAUGGUUUGAACCAGGGAGUGAAAAUCUCCCGGACCCAAACAGCGCAGCAUUUGGUUUUGGAACGAGAGCCUGUGCUGGACGGUUCUUGGCCGAAAGAAUGGGAUUCUGCUACGCCAUGUCGGUGCUCGCUGCGUACGAUAUAGUGCCGAUCAAAGGAAAGGAAGUGAAAGACGUACGCAAGACGGUCUACGAGGAUGCGGUCUCUAUGAUUCAUGAAAGCUCUCUUGAUGACUUUAUCCAGGCGGCGCACACGUUGACGCAACGACUAUGGCACAGACUAAUUCCUUAUCCCGAAGACCGCAUUCCUGUCACUGUAUACACGAUCCACAACGUCUUCUUCCCUCUCCUCCCACUGUUGUUGAUGAGUUACUUGGUCCGACGACCCAACACGCACUUGUACAGACUCGCGCUUAUGCCUAUCACCAUCUGGGCUAUUUUGCGAGCAAGCUUCGCCUAUGUCUGGGUAGACGAGCUCUAUGGCCCAUACAACUUUGGCCAAGGACUAUUCGGGAUGGCAAGCGUUGGAAAAGCCCUAGAGUAUGGAUUUGUCAGGAGAGGUCGUUUCAAGCUCGGAGAAGUCGAAUUAGGCCAAGUCCAAACCCCCGCAAUCGACCGGCUCACCGAGAACGAACCGUCGACGGCUUCCACACUUGGGGUGAGCAAAGCGCGAAAGGAUGAGAUGGUUAAAACCGGUGCAAUAUCUGCGCACCAGUAUCCGGACCCUGUUAAUGGCCGUGUCUUUCGAUUCCCAUCUGGUGUCACCCUCCAAUUCAUGGCGCUUCCCGAAGGAGACACAUCGCCAGACGGCAAGCACCGCAAACCGAUCAAGUCUCCCUCAGCUCAAAGAGGGGAUGGCGUUGCCGUAUUCCCCAACUCCAAAAUGGUUGAAACACACCAUCCUCUCCAAGGACUCGCAGAUGCAAUCGAGGUCGUUGGUUCUGUCCGGGGGAUCGGAUGGGACUGGGGUAAAGGGCUGCACGUCGCGCCGGAAACACGACCACUAGAUCGACGAGGGUUCAUUCUAUCGACAUUGUCGUCUACAAUCCUCGCCUUUCUCACGUUGGAUUUCAUCGAGUCCAUGCUCAAAGUUAUUCCGGGUUUCUCACCGCCUGGAGGUGGCUCUAUCUACUUUAUGGAUCGCCCAUUUUCAUUUUUGACUCAUACCUUUCUGGGUCCAUGGGUCAAGGCACACCCAUAUAUCAGUACUAUUAUCACACGGUACACGGUUUCAACAACAAUUACAUUCUUCAUUGGCAUUGCCAUCAUUGCCGGGUUCUCAAUGUGCUAUGGCAUCCUUACACUCUUCUGUGUUGGGUUGCUCGGGCACAAUCCGCAGAGCUGGCCUCCUCUCUUCGACAGUCCAUGGCUCACGACGAGUCUAGGUGACUUCUGGGGUCGACGGUGGCACCAAACCCUUCGACAAACAUUCUUCGUUUUUGGCGGUUAUCCAGCCGAAUAUGUCCUCAAAACUCUCUCUCGUCCACUUAUUGGUGAGAAAAAGGCUGAAUACGUUGGGAGAAUCGGACUGGUACUUGGAACGUUCACAGCUUCAGGCUUGUUCCAUGGACUUUCCAUCUAUACAAUGGGAAAGGGUGGGACAGAUCAUACCGCAACAGUAUUCUUUGCAUCUCAAGGAGUGUUUGUUUUGCUCGAACGGGUGUGGAAGAAAGUAACAGGCAUGCGAGUCGAUGGGAUAUGGGGUCGGAUAUGGGCAUAUUCCGUCGUCCUGUUUGGAAUUCAAUACUGCAUGGACGGGUGGACGACGCGAGGUCUUGCCUCAGGCUUGAUUAUCCCGCUUUCUCUCAGUCCGACGAGAUUAAUCAUAUUCCCAAUCUUAUUACGUAUCUUGGAUCACUAA